UUCGCCCCUCAAACAAACGGGGCGAAUGUAUCACUCACUUCACCUGCCCACUUUCAUAUCGCGAGGGCUUUCCUCGAGGUCCAACGAGAACAAAUAGUAAUAUGAACCAAACGCCAUAAAAUCCAAAUCAACUCUAUCCAUUGCGACUCUCUCUCUCUCUCUCAUCACCAUGAAACUUUCGUUCCUGCAGUGCAGUAGUAGUAAAGCAACGGUUUCUCAGCCUCUCUCACUUCUUCAUAACCCAACAACAACAUUCACAUUCUCAUGCUCUCUCAAACCCAAAGUCCCCAAUCUCAUCAAGACCACCACAGCCCGAAUCUCAGCCACAUCAAGAGACCUCCCAGCGCGCGACCGAGUCAUAGACUUUGGGAGACACAGGGGGAAAAUGCUAGGGACCCUUCCUUCGAGCUAUCUUAAGUGGGUCUCCAACAAUCUCCGAGCUCGCGACUUGCAAGAGUGGGCUGUGCUGGCAGACCAAGUCCUCGACGACCCUGUUUACAGGGAUCGAAUCGAGUGGGAGUUCGCCCAGAAAGUCCUGAACGGCGACGACGGAGUCCGCGGCUCUCCGAGAUCUGAGGGCGCGGUUUCUGAACUGCUUGAAAUCAGCGAGAGGUUCGGUUGGGACAACGAUGACAAGGUGGGUUGGAGCAGGAUCGAUUUUGGGAUUCUUGGGACAUCGAAAGGGGGGAGGAUACCGAGGAGGAGGGUUUCAGAGGAGAAUUGUAUUUGUGGGGGUUUGGAGAGAGAAUCGAAGUUGAAGAGAGGGAGUAGGGUUAAUGGUUUUGAUGGAGGAGAAGGAGGUGGGAGGGGUAGAGAGAUGAGGAGAGAGAGAAUGAGGAUGAGGAUGAAGAAGAGGGGUGGGUUGAGACUGGGAACAAUGGAGAAGACAACAAUGAGGUUGGGGUUUGGAAGAGGAAAUGGGAAAGUUGAAGAUGCUGAUGCUGAUGCUGAUGAUCAGGUGAGGAAUGAAGAUCGGACGGUGGAGAGUGAGAGUCCCUUUCCUGGACGUCAAUCGCUUUUGCAGAAAGUGCUCAAUAGCCGGAAAAGAUUUUCCUAAACAUAUCUGUUCUUUCCAAAUUGUCGCUAUAUAAAUGUAAAAUUAUUUUGUCAAUCGCGCAUUAGGUAGGGACCACUGUGUUGCUCUUUCGACUUGGCUAGUUUCAUGAAUUUUUUUAACUAAAAUCAUUUUAGGUUCAAUGUUUUAAAUUCGAGUUGUUUUCAAUUUAUUUAUAAAAUGUAAGUUUAUUUUUAAACACAACUUGGAAUUUAAAAUAGAAUUUGUGUUUAAUAUAUUUUUAAAAUUAUGUAUUAAAUAUACAACUUUAAUUUAAAAUUAUAUUUAAAAAAAAUAUAAAUUAGUUAAAUUAUCAAAUAUCUACUUCCAAGCCAGCAGCACCUCUUGCCCAAAAGGUUUUAGUUUUUAGUUUUAACUAUUAAUUUUAUUAAAGAAUAUCUCUAUUUAUCAAAAAUAAAUUAAUUAAUUAAAUGGACGUGAAAAAUAGAGAUAUUAAUCUCUUUAAUUUAAUUCAUAAAAUAAUUUUAAAUAAAAUUAAAUAGAGAAUUUUUUUUUUUCAUAUAAAUCGACACUAGCGUAGUUUAAUUUGAAUUUUUUUAUUUUUUUUCCCAUUGUUGUUUGGUGAGAGGAGAACACUACAUGUGUGUUGGCUAGCUUUGCUACUCGUCCAGCUGCCGUCCUUCUAUCUCUCUUUCAAGUCCCAAGCUGAGAGAGAGAGAGAGAGACCUCUCCUCUCUGCUCUCACCUUCUUCUCUCAG